AUGCGCUUGUACUCUAUUUUCCUCUUCGCGGUACGCUUAUCGGUGGCAGCAGAUAUCUUCGUUGAUCGACGAGGACAAGAUCACAAUACUGGGUCGGCUGGGAAGCCCGUCAAGAGUAUUAAAAAAGCACAAGAGCUCGUUCGUGAGCUCAUUCCGUCCGCCAAGGAUGGCAUCACUGUACACCUAGGCCCAGGUACUUGGGAAAUCGACGAGGCCAUCAUGUUCAAUAAUGAAGACUCGGGUAUCAAUGGCUUCACAGUGAAAUGGGCAGGCUCGGACACCAUCAUCUCUGGAGGCUAUGAGAUCGGUCAUUGGACUGAAGGCGAUAACGGGAUUUGGUCCACUCCAGUCCCCAAGGGCACAAAAUCCCGUAAUCUCUACGUAAACGGGUUCGCUGCUCAGUAUGCUAGACGGCAGAUCCAUAAUCGGGCGGAUUUUAAUUACACCAAAGUCGGAAUGACCUGGAACAGCUCGGAUUACGACUGGAUCAUGAAAACCCCAGGCAUCGAGAAUGGCGAGCUUCGGGCCGUAAAUUCCUUUACCGAUCGGGUCGCACUCAUCGAAAAGGUUGGGGAUCGCGUGCUUGGGAUGAAGAGGGAUAUUUGGGCCAACCAACUCAUCGGUUAUGACCAAAUUGCAGAACCGUUUUGGGACGGAGGCGUGUGGAUUCAGAACGUCAAAGCCUUGCUCACUGACGGCGGUCAAUUCUACCUUGACAGAAACGAAUCGACCGUGUAUUACAAACCGCUAGACGGCGAGGAUAUGGAUACCGCAUCUGCCUAUCUCGGAAUCGAAGAGGUCCUCAUGGUCGUCGGCGGAACCUAUGAAGAGCCGGUCCACGACUUGCAGUUUGAAGGAAUUACUUUCAAGCACAGCACUUGGCUGAAGCCGGAUAUCUAUGGGUAUAUAGAUCAACAGACCGGUGGUCACAUGGGAAAUGAUAGUCUGUGGCCCAAUUUCGAAGCUUCGAGGCCCCAUUGGUGGCAGAUGCCCAGCGCGGUCCAGGUUAGUGCGGCAUACAACAUCACAAUGAAGUCGUGUACUUUUCGAGAGCUUGGAGCUGGAGGCAUCGGUAUUGGAAACGACAAGAACGCGCACGUGACGGGCGUUGGGCUUGGGGCAAACAAUAUUCUCAUCGAUGGCAAUUAUUUCACGCAGGUGAUGGGGAAUAGCAUCACCGUUGGAGGUAUACAAGCCGAUGCGCAUCACCCAUCGCAGCCAAAGAUGCUUGUGUCAAACAUCCACGCGUCCAACAACAUCUUCAAUAACAAUUCGGUCUUGUGGUCAUCCACCGUCCCUAUUCUUUUCACAUACACGCAAUUCUCUUCCAUCACACACAACGAUAUCUAUAACCAGCCAUACAGUGGUAUUUGCCAUGGCUAUGGCUGGGGAAGUAAUGAUGAAGGGGGUAGUCCGGAGUACGCCCAGCGAGGUCUUUACAAUUACCAGCCGCUCUAUGAUACACCCACCGUCAUGAAGAAUAACUUGAUUGAGGGAAAUCUGAUCCAUCAUUUUGGUCAAUCUCAUACUGACUUUGGAGGCGUAUACACGCUAUCACGGUCACCAAACACAACAGUGUCGUCUAACUUCAUCUAUGACGCAGGGUGGCAAGCUAUGUACCCUGAUGAAGCGUCGAGAAACAUCACCUGGUACAAUAAUCUGGGUUUCACCUCAGGAAAGUAUUAUGCGCCAAACGAUUGGAUUCCAGAACAGCUCACCGGAUGGAACACCGUGAUUGAUAAUUGGGGCAAGCUCGGAGUCAAAGACAACGAGAUCCUAGAUGGGUUCCCGAAUCAUUCCGGAAGACGCAACAACACGUUUCUACGUAACUACCUUGCGCCCUACGUCAAUGGAACAAGCCUCAUUGCACAGAGGGCUGCAUAUCGUGCCGGUGUUGUCCCGUCAAAACGUAAGGGAAGGCCCGUCACAAACGACCCAGAUAUCGCGGAUGCGUACCUAGAUUUUAAAGUCAGCGAUAGGCAUGUCGCUGUUUACGUGACUAAUUUUGACGAUUUGGACUUCAAAGACGUUGUUUUUCAUAUCUCGGGUCCUGGUGUCAAGUUUACAAAAAGGUCAAUCCCUCGCUUAAUCCCGGCUGAUAGCUCUGCAGCGGCGGUGUAUACUUUCUCUGGCUCUCCGAAGGGGAACGCUACAGCCAGACUGAAGUUGUUCGCGAACCCCCUUCAGCUAACCCUCUUCAGCCUGUAUUUGCCCAUCCACUUCGGUCUCAUGAACAACACAAAAGUCCUAAACCCCAUCGCGACACCCAUUGCCAACCCAAAGCCCCAAGCCAGCUUGGUAGGAUAA